AUGACAGGAGGAGAGAGUUCUUCAUUGCUACGGCCGGUUGCGUCGCGGAAUACGUAUGAAUGGUUGAAGUACCAGGAUGAGCCGCACUAUGAGUAUGGGACGGAACAUUCGAUGAACACGAUAGACUCGAUUGGACGGUGGACCAGCAGCCUGUGGAGCGAUGCUGCGAGCCAUGUGUCGCAUGGGAGUAGUCACGGUGGAGUAUCGCAAGGGUAUGGGACGAUUGAUGGGAACAGUGGCCAUUUAACGGCUAGUGCCGAUGAUUCCGGGGCACACAACAGACAGCAGCGGUUGAAGAUCGAGUACUCAGUGUUUCAGCCGUCUAUCAAGUCAGGUCCGAUCCCAAAGCCAUUGGAUACCAAGCCGCAUUUCGAUACGGUGGUCGAGGACUGCAUGGUUGCCAUUGAGGUGCAGCAUAUCGAGCUGCAACGGAUAAACGCAGGAUCUUCUGGGUCGUACUUUGUGUUUGGGACUGAGAACAGCAAGGAGCCGAACGGGGUGUUCAAGCCCAAGGACGAGGAGCCGUAUGGGCCGUUCUCGCCCAAGUGGACGAAAUGGUUGCAUCGGACUUUCUUCCCCUGUUUCUUUGGUAGAUCGUGUUUGAUACCGAACUUGGGGUACGUGUGCGAAGCUGCAGCAAGCUUGCUCGACAGCCGGUUGCGCAUCGGACUUGUUCCGCACACCGAGGUGUUGUCGCUCAGCUCGACUCGAUUUUACGACUACCGAAACCACUGGUUUUGCGGGUUCAAGCCACGGUUGCAGAACAAGAUUGGGUCGUUCCAGUUGUUCGUGCACGAAUAUAUGUCGGCAGAUGAGUUCCUCAGCAAGUAUCCGUUGCCCACUAUGUUUCGAGACCAUUUCAGCACGCAUGGGAACCAGAACCCCGAGGGUUUCCAUUGGAACAAUUACACGCUGAAGCAGUUUCGGUUACAGUUGGAGAAGCUCAUCAUCUUGGACUAUAUCAUGAGAAACACGGACAGGGGGCUCGACAACUGGAUGGUGAAAGUGUACCAAAACGAGUCCAACGGCAAGUGGGAAGUGAAACUUGCGGCAAUUGAUAAUGGACUUGCGUUCCCCUGGAAACAUCCAGACGAAUGGCGCUCUUUCCCCUACGGCUGGCUCUUUCUACCAUUAUCCAUCUUGAACGUGCCCUUCUCAAACCAAACUAGAGAACACUUCCUUCCUAUACUACUACAUACCAAAUGGUGGGAGGAAACGUAUCGCGAAUUCACGAGUCUCUUCGCAAUGGACUCUGAGUUCAAAGCUAGCCUUUGGAAGAAACAAUGGAGCGUUUUAAAGGGCCAGGCUUUUAAUGUCGUGGAGACGUUAAAGGAUCCCAGAUGCGGACCGUUAGAACUCGUGAAAAGAACGCCUUGUCUCGUGGUAGACGGUCUCAUGGAAUACACUUUCUACCCAACUCAAGAAACUACGCUUUCGCAUUCCCUUGCUGAGUCACUCCCAAAGCAGUCAUCUCCGAUGAUAGUUGGAAGUAUACCAAAUCUCAUCGAUGAGCAUAAACCGUCUCAGCCCAAUAAUCAAGACAAUGAUAAUUCUAAUUCUAAUUCUAAUCUUAACCCUAUUGAAGAGCGCACCCCAACUCAUCCGCAGAAAAAGACUGUCAUAAUAGAAAGACUACAGAUAUGUAAUUCUAAGCAACCACUAUUCACUUGGUGGUAA